AUGAGUUCAACAGUUUCUUCUAUAUUUAAUACAAGUAAGAUAUCAGAUCAUCAUAAAUUCAAUGAGGAUAUUAAUCUUUAUGAAUUAUUUUCACCAUCAUUAUCAAAUAAUACACCAAUAUUAACAUCAGCUUUUAAUAGCUGUUAUCAAAAAGCACUUCUUUCAUUAAAUGUACAUCUUGAUGAUAUAGAUGCACAAACAUUAUCAUCUAUAAAAAAAGAUUUAUCAUCAUAUAAUGUAAAGGAAGAUGAUUUUGAUGAAACUGUUUUUCGAAAUCGUUCAUUAACUCCAACAUCCACAACACUAUCCCAAUGGCGUCAUGAACAAUUUGUAAAUGAAAAAUUUUGUCGAUUACUUAUUCCAAUUGUUGCAGAAAAUAUGUAUUCAAUUGUUUUACAUUGGAUUGAACUUGAAUUACACAAUGAAGAAGAACGUGAUAGUAAAAAUGAACAAAAUAAAAAUGAUUUAAAGAAUAAAUUAUAUGAAUUAAAACUUAUAGAAAAGUCAAUUGAUAUUGAAAGACUAUAUGAAUUAAGUGGAAAUUCAAAAGAUAUUUUAAUUGAACAAGUUGAUUGGAAAUCCGUUGGAACAAAAAUGAGAAGUAAAGGUGGUUUUAAAUAUUUUGAUGAAUAUUCAUUAAAACGUAUAUGGAAACAUCGAUGUCAAUAUGGAUUAAAUAAUUCAUGGUCAGAUGAUGAAGAUAAAUUGUUAAACCAAUUAGUGGAACAAUAUGGUUAUGGAAAAUGGAUAGAAAUUUCACAAAAUGAAAUAUUUCAAAAAAAUAACAAAUCAGCAUAUAUGUGCGCACAACGACGUUUUACACGAAUCGAAAAAGAUCUUCUUUUAUCCAUCUACAAACGUCGUUCAGCAAUAAAAGAUUAUCGUUUCUCUGUUUCUUACGCUGCUUAUCUACUCGGUGAUCGUUGUAUACGUGGAAUAUCUCGUGUAUGGACAUAUCUUAAUCCCGAUAUACAAAAAGGUUCAUUUACACCAAAUGAAGACGCUAUAUUACUUCAACAUGUCAAUAAAACUUCGUCAAUAUGUUGGUCAACAUUAGCUGCUAAUCAUCUACCUGAUCGAUCAGCUGUUCAAUGUCGACAACGUUAUUCGCAAUUAAUUAAAGUUCGAUCGACUGAAAAGACAAAAGAAAAAAAUCAAAAAACAAAUUCUUCUCGUCGAACGAACUAUAUUCAAUGGUUACAAAAACAACCAAUUCAUACCCAAAAUUUUCUGGAACAGUUUUAUUCAAAUUCCCGUUUGACUCAUUUACAAAAAUCAAUAAUUGAAAUGCAUACAAAUAAAAUUGAAUUAUUAAUGGAAAAAUUUUAUAACAAUCAAAACAAUACCACUAAAUGUUUACCAUUAAGAGAAUUCAUUCUUAAACUUAAUAUGCCAACGGUGACUAUUGAUGAAAUCUAUGUAAAAUUUGUUAAUAAUAUGUGA